CUGAUGUUGAAAGACGGGGAGUUCACUUUCCUAGCGGCGUUUUCCUAAGCCAGCUGAACUGAGACCUGCGUGUUAAUUUUCGUGAGACAACCUUGAGUUGGGACAGCACUUCAGGGAGCUUUCAGAGCUGGCUGGCGUUGGGUCACCUGCACUGCAGGAAUGAGAGGGUCACCAGUUCCUGCAGGGCUCUGCUUCCUGCUGAGUGUGUUAGGAGCCGUGGCUCAGCAAACUGGAGGCCCCUGUCAUCUCUCGUGUCCGCUGAAUGCCCACUGUAUCAACAGCACGCACUGUACAUGCAAACGUGGAUACAGUCCCGAUUCUAAGAAGCCAUUCUUCAACUACCCCUUUGAGAAAUGCAACGAUAUUGAUGAAUGUAAGCCGCCCUACAGCAUAUACUGUGGAGUAAAGGCUAAAUGUCAUAAUACCGAAGGAGAUUUCCAAUGUCGCUGUGAUUCUGGAUACAAACUCCUUUCUGGGAAAACAGAAUUCAAGGAUGCCAGUGAAAACACUUGUCAGAACAUCACCUCACAGACGCAACCAACCGAAGUCAAGAAAGAGCUGCAACAGAUUGUUGAUGGAUUAGAGUCGUUUCUCACCAAUAAUACUCUAUGGGGAACAGGAGAGAAGAGUGAAAUUGCAUCCAGGGCUACAUUCAUUCUCCAGGAUGUGGAGUCAACAGCUCUGGAACUUGCUCUGAUAGCUCCAGAGCAAAAAAUCCAGAAAAUCCGAAACAAAACCAUGGCUAUUGAAACUCGAGUUGUUAGUAACAAUUGUUCAGAGGGAAGAAGGAUUUUCAGCUUGAACACCGAUGCGAACUCAAUGGACAUCCACUGCGAUGACGUCAUCCAGGGAAACACACAAGGUCCCAGUGCAGUUGCUUUUAUCUCAUACUCUUCUCUUGGGAACAUCAUAAAUGCAAGCUUCUUUGACGAGAUGGCGGAGAAAGAUCGUAUUUACCUAAACUCCCAUGUGGUGAGCGCUGCUAUUGGACCCAAAAGGAACAUUUCUCUCUCCAAAUCAGUCACCAUGAGUUUCCAGCACCUGAAGGUAAACCCCCGUAGGGAAAGGACCAUCUGUGUCUACUGGAAAACCACCAAGGAGGGCAGCCACUGGUCCACAGAUGGCUGUUUCCUGAUCCAAGCGAACGAAAGUCACACUAAGUGCAGCACCACUCACCUGUCCAGUUUUGCUGUCCUCGUAGCCUACACAAACCAGGAGGAAGAUCCCGUGCUGACCGUGAUCACCUACGUGGGGCUGGGGCUUUCCCUGCUGUGCCUCUUCCUGGCAGCCCUCACCUUCCUCCUCUGCAAAGCCAUCCACAACACCAGCACCUCACUCCACCUGCAGCUCUCCAUCUGCCUCUUCUUUGCCCACCUCCUGUUCCUCACAGCCAUCGACCGAACGGAGCCCAAGGUGUUGUGCGCCGUCGUUGCUGGUGCCCUGCACUUCCUCUACCUGGCCUCCUUCACCUGGAUGCUGUUGGAAGGCCUGCACCUCUUCCUCACGGCGCGGAACCUGGCGGUGGUCAAUUACUCCAGCACGAACCGGCUCAUCAAAUGGCUUAUGUUCCCCGUGGGCUAUGGAGUCCCGGCUGUGAUUGUGGCCAUUUCCGCAGCGUCCAGGGCUCACCUGUAUGGAACACCUGAGCGCUGCUGGCUCCAGCUGGAGCAGGGAUUCAUCUGGGGUUUCCUUGGCCCCGUCUGUGCCAUUAUCUGUGCAAAUUUAGUGUUUUUUCUCUUGGUCCUUUGGAUUUUGAAAAGGAAACUUUCCUCCCUCAACAGCGAAGUGUCAACCAUCCAGAACGUAAGGAUGCUCACUCUCAAAGCGACAGCUCAGCUCUUCAUCCUGGGCUGCACGUGGGGACUGGGCAUGCUGCAGGUGGGAUCAGCCGCCUGCGUCAUGGCGUACCUCUUCACCAUCAUCAAUAGCCUUCAGGGUUUCUUCAUCUUCCUGGUCUACUGCCUCCUAAGCCAGCAGGUCUGGAAACAAUACCAAAAGUGGUUUACAGUGAACAUAAAAUCAAAAUCUGAGGCUGAGACUCACACACUUUCCAGCAAGUUUGGCCCAGACUCAAAACCCAGUGAGGACAACUGAAGAGAAAAUAUUAAAACCAGAACAUUCAACCCCAUGGAUCUGGCUGUCAACAUGAAGAAUCAAGUUGAGGACAGAGACGCUUGUUGUAUAUAUAUAUAUAUGUUGCCUUUAGGGAAAAUGUUUAACCUUUACUUCCUGACAUGUUUGCUCUGCAUAAUAAGCUCUCAAUAAAUGUGUGUU